UCGCCCUCGGCGGGGGCGGCCAGAGCCGGGCGCUGCGGGCGGCAGGGACCGCUGCGGGCAGCAGGGACCGCUCCGCUCCGCGCCCGCUGGCCCCGCGCUGCAGCCAUGGCCCCGGGCUCGCCCGCCGCUCGCCACCGCGCCGCGCCGCUCCUGCUGGCCGCGCUCCUGGACGGACGGUCCGGAGCGCCGGGGAUAAGUCACUUGGCCAAGGUGACUUCGCAGCCGAGCCCCAGCUCCGAAGUCCCGGCUCCAGCCCCUGCCCUGCCCGCACCGGCGCUCCCGUCGCCAGCGCUUCUCUCUCCUGCGAGCACUGCGGCUGCACCCCGCUUUGCCCCGCUCCUGCGCUGCCCGGCCAGCGGGGACCGCGCUGCCUGCCUGCCCGGGACCGGGGGAGGCCAUGCACUGCUUCAGCGCCAGCACGCCCGCCGACAGGUCAUUGUCUUCCAGUCCGUUCGGUACAAAGACCGUUCGUUCGCAUGUGCUUGUCCCCGCCGCGGGGACCGACCCGCGCUGCAGGGCCGCUGCUUGGAGCAUGUGCCCAGCCCUGUGUCCAGGGAUGCCCGAGAUCCGCGGGCACAGGGUGCAGGGAGGGGCUGGCAGGCGUUUUCCCUCUCCACUGCACACCUGGGGCAGGCUCCAGCCACCUGCAUCAGCCUCACGCACCCACUGCACUCCUGCUCCCGUGGGUCACCCUCGUGUCAGCCUGGAACCGAGGGCUGGCAGUGCAGCGCUUGCUGCUGGGGCACUCCCGUGGGAGGCGUUUUAGAGGGCAAAGUGCUUAAGUUAAAGGAUGCUGGAGACACAAAAAAGCAUGUUUGCACAUCUUGGCCAUCGCCUUCGCCUUGGAGGUGUCGGUGGGGAAAACCAACACAGUGACAGCUCUGAAUAACUC